AUGAGUAAAUCUGGUGCAAAUUUCGGAGGUACAGUUGGUUGGGACGAACAAACCGUGAUUGGUAAACGUGCGCCACGUACCGGUGACUUAAAAUCGGAAUCAGCUAUUGCUGCUGCAGAGCGGGCAGGUGUUGCUAUAGAUACAUCGAAAAAGUACGCAGCUGGUCACAACAAGCAGCAUGAGGCAGCAAAAAACACCGCCAUAUUGGAUCGCGAAACCGAAGAGUUACAUCACGAUAGAGUCAACAAAGAUGUGUCACGUACUAUUCAACAAGCACGUGUAGCCAAAGAAUGGACACAAGCUGAUUUAGCCCGAAAUAUCAACGAAAAACAACAGGUUAUCAACGAAUAUGAACAAGGUAAAGCAAUACCAAACCAACAGGUUUUAAGCAAAAUGGAACGGGCAUUAGGAGUGAAGCUACGUGGAAAGGACAUCGGUGAACCACUUAGUACCGGACCAAAAAAGAAAUAA